GCCAUCCCCGCACUCGUCUUGUCUGGCAGGAAAGAACUCUCGCUUGUGCACAGAAACCCCGACCGCCCAGGGCUUCGAGAUGACUUCGGAACCCACGGAGGAGGCGAUUGCCAACUUUGUGAGCUUCACGAGCGCAUCGCGGGAACUGGCCGUCAGCUUCCUGAAAGCUAAUGACCUCAACCCAAAUAAAGCCAUCAAUGCUUACUUUGAAGAUCCAACGGGCUCUCAGCUCCAGGCCCCCGUUCCUCAACACGAUGCGAACGCUCCAUCGUUUCAAAUCGAACAUGACGACGACUCGGUUCUCGGUUCAGCAGCCUUUCCUCCUUCGCGCCCUCCAUCGAGUGUGAAUCUAAGAUCACAAGCGCAAAUGCCUACCCCGAACCAACCCAAUACUACUCCUUCGCAGGAGAUUCAAGACCCCAAUAAAGGCUUAACACUAGCAGAGCAGGAGGAACGUCAGCUGCAACAGGCGGUGGCUAUGUCAUUGAACCAGAAUCUCGGAAGCCAAGAGUCGGGGGUCACAAGUGCGAAGCCUUCAAAUUUCGGACGAGCGACUCAAGACCACUACGACGAAGGCGCUUGGGCAAUGACUCUGUUCAACUCGAGCGCGCGUGAAAUCAUCAUCAGCCCGGAUCCUGCAGACCGCAAAAGGGUGGGGGAUGAGCCAGCCUUCCUUCGCCCCACUCAAGAUAACCUAUAUCUAGGAGGGCUGUUGACAAUCCUUCAUUCGAUCCCGCUAGCGAGGGAAGCACUUUUGCUCAGAAGCCGAGUGCUGUCGGACUACGGCCACGAUUCGCAGUGGUGGAAUGGACAGCCUAUCAGCCUCCCUAAGAUCGUGACAAUGCAAGACGUCGAGGAGGGCAACACCGACUGGGAUGACAUCAUUCACGAGACCCAAAGACUAGUGGCCCUUCUAGACACCACGAACAGAUCCUUUGGCAGCGCUGACGCUCUCGAAAGCCUAAAGUGCAUGUCCACAUAUGGCUCCGAAGGCAGCAUCAGCAGGUUCUUGGAAACUUGGCAAGAAGCAGCUGUUCGAGCGGAUCCCGGCAAUCAGUUGGCAACCAUAUUCUCGUCGAGCGCAUACAAGCGGCCUCUAUCCGAAUACGAUACACCAAUCCAAAGGGAUUUUUUCACGAUUGAUCCAUUUGUGGAGCCUGAUCAUGGUCAGACCCUGUACGAUGUAUUAGACCGGACGGUGUGGUCGGAUAGGCCCGGUGAAUCGCUCGACGAUGUAUGGCUGGAACAUGUCGCCGAGGUUUUGACCAUCAAAUUAGAAAGCAGCGACUCAUCAAAGCCCAUUGACGUUAAGGUGCCUCCGAUCUUCUACCCCGAUAGGUACCUCGCUAGCUGUCGGGACGUUGCGCGUGAAUUCCGUACGCAGCGACUUCAGGUGUUCGAGGACGUUUACAAGCUGGAAACUCUAGUCCAUCGGUUCUCCGCCUCGAAGUCGGUCGCUCACCGGGGUAUGAACUACAAGGAGGUCUUAGAAAAAGCCGCGAUUGCUGCGCCUAUUGCUCUAACACAACAACGUGCAAAUGGGGCCAGCGAGGCCCCAGAAUAUUCCAAAGCUGAUGCGGAACGGCUGGCCGAGGAGCUGCGCGGCAUCUCGCGCAAAAUUGAGGACAAGCUAAAAGAGUUGGAAUCCAGGAAGGAAGAAGCCCUGGCAACCCUCCGCAGCUACUCUAAAAUCCUUACGGAGCCGUCGACCUCCCCCGGUGAACCGCCUUACCACAAGUACACGCUGCGAGGAGUCUGUACCGAGCCACAUGUCACAUAUGUGCUUCGACGGCAGGCAACGGACGAACCGCGGGGGUCCGAGGCGGAUAGCGAGUGGCAGUGGUGGCGAAUUAGCUUCUCCAUCGAGGAUGCAAAGGCGCGACAGGCGGAGAUGAAUCAUGACGGUAACACGGGGUCAAAAGAUGCCGAUGUGGUGGGAUACACCGCGCGCAAAGUCCGAGAAAUCGAGGUUCUCAAGGCAGCGCGUGAGGAAUCGAAGACGGUGCUCCUUGUGUACGCCCAUGACCACGCCAUGAACAUGCAGAAUGAGCCGGCACCGCCUCCACUCCAAGAAUUCGUCCACAUCGACAACAAAGCCUUUGACGCCGAGUUUCAAGAAUCUGGCGCCACAGAAAUCGUGGCAAGAGAACGGGACCCGGAUCUCACUGCAGACACCAAUCCACCAGAUACUUCUAUGCAGACAGACGAACAUUCGCAGGCUUCCGUCAACGUGUUCGAUUACCAAGUCGGCGGCUUCGGUCGCGAGACGGGGCCGGAGCAGGAGAUGCAGGAAAGGGGUGGGCGGCCUUUGCUCAGUCGCAGUAACACCGCAGGACUUGCGCAACCCACGCAAAACCCGCAAUCCGGAUGGGACGAGAUCAGCGAAGCAAAAGUCGCGCCAUAGUAGGGUGCCACUGUAGGGGUGCGAUGUUUCACCAUUCGAUAGAAUGGUUUUUUUCGAGUAAAUACAUGAAUUUUUG